CGCCGCUCCUGUUGUCUCUCUUUACUGGCCGUUCUAGAAGUCACUUUGAUCCCGUAAACUUCCAAUUGUUAUUUCUUUUUUCCUUUCGACAAUUCCCUUCGAUAUUGUUCGUCCAAGUGGCGUGGAUUGAAAGUCUCCCAUUGAGUUGUAUUUGUCUCAGGUGAUGAAAGUUCUGAUAUCGGAUGGCUUGAAGCCUAAGGGUGAUGUUUGAGGGAGGUUGUGUUCGGGGAACAGUCACGUCUCUCUUAUUGUAAUUUUUGAGCAAAGGAAUUUCAGACUGAGGUCAUUCAGAAGAUCAUCAAUCGUCAUUAUGGCCAAUUUAAUUAGUUUUACACUUUCGCUGAUUUACCUUAUUGAAAUAGUUACUGGUCAUCAUGGAGGAAUCGGAGUUUUCGGAAGGUCUACAGAAGUUCUUGAUGCAAUCUUACCAAGAUUCCCACCGUAUCAUUACCCUCGAAGGCAGUUUAGCGAAAUUUCUGAGACAAAAGAUUUCAUUAGUGGAUUAUUUUCAAAUACAAGGGCUACAAGUCACCCGAAGUUAAGGUGUGGAGAUAUCAAUGGAACUUGCCCCGCAGGGUACUGCUGCUCUAGUGGAGGUUUCUGGUAGGUACUUCAAUUUCAUCCAAUAUACCAAAGACUAACUUAAUUUGAAGUGGGAAAGACUUUCACUAUUGUUCUGGACCUGCCUGCCAACUCUCUUACGGCGAUGAAUGCGAUGGCAAUAAAGCCCCUAAUGGUACACACACAAAAGAUAUUCCGCGUCCGAAGUUGGGGAAUCUGACAUACGGCGGCGGUGGAAUUUACAAAUGUACAAAGAAGAAUGUUGUUGCUUUGACUUUUGGUACGUGGGAUUCUUGCGAUUUGGUUCCCACACAGUCAGGCUUGAAGUUGCAGAAUAUGACCUUCCUCAAGAAGUAAUUUUCAAAGCUCUCUGAAUUCUAUCGCAAAUAUUACUAACCUAGAGAUUCUUCUGUAGAUGAUGGGCCAUAUAUCUACACAACUACAAUACUCGACAUUCUUGCAGAAUACAAUGCCAAAUCCACGUUCUUUAUCACCGGGAAUAAUAUUGGGAAAGGUGCUAUGGACAAUGAGUCCACCGGAUACCCACAAAUAAUUCAACGCAUGUACAGAGAAGGUCAUCAAAUAGGUAUGCUAUUUCUGGUAACAUUUAGAACACCGCUAAGUCAUGAAGCGAGCCACACAUGGACGCAUCAAAACCUCAGCGCCAUUACUCAGAUCCAGAGAGAAAAUCAGAUGUACUACAAUGAGAUGGCAUUUCGAAAUAUUCUGGGCUUCUUUCCUACAUACAUGCGCCCACCAUACAGCGAAGUCAAUAACGAAACUCAAAAAAUGCUUUUCGACAUGGGCUAUCAUAGUAUUUUGUACAAUAUUAAUUCUAAUGGUAGGCCAUGUCUUCUGCAAUUCGGAUGCAGGCUAAUUAGAAGGAAGAUUAUGACAACGACAAACCAGAAACAAUUCAACUCUCGAAAGACGAAAUCAACAAGCAAUUCGCAACAACAAACGCUACUGCCGGCUACCCCGCCAAUUUUAUAGAAAUAGCCCACGAUAUCCAUGAACAAACAGCUCAUAAUCUGACUCGUUUCACACUUGAGCGAAUGAAAACACUUGGUUUUGGAACUUCGAUUACGGUUGGCGAGUGUCUAGGAGACCCGGAAGAGAAUUGGUAUCGCAGUGCUACUGGCGCUCCCGUGGGUGCUCCUGUUUCAAGGGUAUUGGUAAGAGAAUAAUUCAUACAUUGCUGAAUAUUUCGGCUAACAUGAUCAAGGCAAAUGUAAGCCCUACGAAAAUACCAAGCAGCGGUCCAAGUAGUACUGUUUCGAGUAUAAGCCUCGCAGAACCAACCGCGUUCAUUCGAGAUUCGAAGUUUGGUAUGAUGAUUGGGGCGGCUGGGCUUGCUGCUGUG